AUGGCUUCCUCAAGCGCUGUAGAAGAUGAGCAUCUUACGGAUUCCGAUUUCACGGACGAUGAGGAGCGCAGCGUGGAACCGCGUCAGGAGGAGCUGCGUCCGGAAACCCCGAAGCCAUCCUAUAGCGACGAGGAACUGAACCAACUGGUGGGCUACGUUCAGCGGAUGAGUGUGUUGAGCUGCCUGGAUCACAGGGACUGGAAGGAGGGAACACUGGACAUCAUCCGCGGCUGGCUCCUGGAGGUGCACGAGCCCCUGCUGACCAUUUACUACGACAGGGAUGUCCUAUCCGCCUGCUUGGGCUUGCCUGCCACAUGUGUCUCGGAUCUCAGCUACUUUCGCCGGGAACCGAAUGAGAUCUUCAGCGUGGAGGGAUUUCACGAUGAGAUCAACUUGGGCACCUUGACAAGCGAUGUGGAUGGCUGCCUGAUGGAGCUACUGGAUCGCUUGUACGUCCCCUUCUUCCGGAACUAUCUCGAAUGGAACGCCACGGUGCGAAAUCGUUUCUGUUCCAGCAUGGACAGAUUCCUGGCAUUCCUCACCGGAAUGCACCAUCAAAUCUCUGGUGUCGCCGUCAUGUACGUCCCUUUUGUCAUUAAGGAGCUGUCGGCUGGUCACGUUGAUAGGUAUUUGGUCGGAAGCCUCGAGGGAAUCGCUCUCUACUGGACCACACAGAUUCGCACUUUGCUGGCGGACGACACGUUGACGGUUCCACAUGACCUGGCCACCGUGCAGGAUGAGUUUGAGUUCUGGGAAUAUCGCUAUGAAGUCCUUCAAGGGAUCAACGAUCAGUUGGCUCAAUCGGAUGUGCAGAAGGUGCUAUUGCUCUUGCACAACGCCCAUUCCGUGCACAUGCCACAAAUGGAUGGACUUAUAGUCAGGGCCAAGGAGGAGCUUCUUAGGUCCCUGUCGAACAUUAAGUUCCUUCAUCUGCUCAUUGAGCCGUGCUCCAAAAUUGAUGCGGCUGCAAGUCCGGCGGAUUUGACGAAACUUUUACCGCGCAUUAUCCACCUUAUACGUUUUAUUUGGCUGAACUCGGAAUACUACAAUACAGCUAGGCUCAUUGCUGCAUUGUUCCGGAAUUUGAGCAAUCAGAUCAUAAGAUUCUGCACAGAGCAAACCAAAGUAGAGGAAAUCCUAUCGGGCAAACCGCGUUUCGGCAUUAGGAUUUGCACCGUGGCCAUCGAGUGUUGCCUCACCUACAGAGGAAUCUACGAUACCAUUUCCAUGGAGCUUGCCCAGGAACAGACCCAAAUGCCCUGGGAGCUGGAUGUGGGACUUAUUUUCAACCACAUCGAUGCCUUUGUGGAACGGCUCAAUGAUGUGAUUGACAUAUGCGAAUCCAUGAUUGUAUUUGGACGACUAGAUGAGAACGGGAGCAUACCCAAACCCGUUUUUGGCGGCACCUGUGGCGAGGAGCUGGAGAAGAUUGCGGAAAGCGUGGAGAAGCAGUUUCUGGACACCUUGCACAAGCUACAACGCGACUCCCAGGCAUACAUCCUGAAUGUCCAUCGUUCGGAUUGGUACGAGGAUGUAGCUACUUUUCGCCGGGACAUGCAGAAACUGGAGGAAACGGUCCAGAGGCUGAUAUUCAAUGUGUUCCAGCAAGUGUCCAAUAUAGAGGAAACGUUGGAGGCUCUGCAAGCCAUGCUAUUCUAUUCGUAUCGCCAGAGAGGAACACUGAGAAAAACAUACCUUAAGGAAACGAGCAGACUGUGGAGGAUGUUCUCCAAGGAAAUGGAUGCAACGUCGAGAAAACUGCUGGAGGAGCAAAGCCAAGAGUCUUGGCUAUCAAAACACGUGUCCAUUGCUCUCAGCUACCGCAUUAAUCUGGAACGCCUGACUUGGCUAAGAGAUCGGUUGAAGAACUCCGAAUGGCUGCCGGCUGUAAAGGAAUCAUCUCCAGCUUUGGCUAAAUUUGACGCACUGCGUCACGAAUUCCAAAAGGAAAUUCGACUGGCCUACGAAGACUGGGUGGCCAAGUGUUGCGGCUUUUCGGGAGAUCUUUGCCAGCGCUUGGAUCGCUAUCUAGUGGUACGAAGUAAGAAAUUCAAGGGACUUUUGGAGUGCAAUAUUGAUGCCUCCGUUCUGGAGCUGUGUGAGCAGGCGCAGCACUUUGAACGAAUGGGCUUUGCCAUUCCCAAUACAAUGAAAAAACUUUACGAAAGAUACGAUGUCAUAAGAUCCUUAUAUAAUGGUAUAAUCAAACUGGCUUUAAGUCACAAUCGCAUCUUGGCUGUUCUGAGCGACAGGGAACGGAAACUCUUUCGUCCCCUGAUUCAAGCGUGUGAUCGUCAACUUGCUCCUGGGGUAUUCAAGAUAACCUAUGGCUCCGAGUUCAAUGAGGAGUUCUUCGAAGACGGCACAGAGUUCAUCGCGGAGUUCCAGGAGUUGGUUCUCAUAUUCAAGCGUGCUAAUCGCGGCGUGGCCAGGAUUUGUGAGAAAAUCUGCGGCACUUUUCUGCUGCACUUUGCAUUUUCCGGCUCAGUGGAUAUAUCUGUGUUCCAGCAGCAGUUGUCCAGCAGGCUGAGCUCCUCCGGCGACAUCUUGAGGAGCUACUACGGCAAUGUGGUGGAGCUGCUGUCAGCCUUUAGUCGGCAGUUUCAAUCGGUGGAUGAUGAGAUGUCUGCUGAGUGGAUUGCUUAUGUGAAUGAUAUGGAUGACAUGCUAGCCAGUUCCUUAAUGACCAGUGCUCGUGGAUCCCUAACCAAGCUCUAUGAGGCGCUACAUUGCGACGAGGACAUGGCAUCCGCUCCCAUUAUAGUCGUCGAAUCGGAUGUGAAAGAUGGUCGUAUUGUCUUUACUCCCGACAUGGAUGCCAUUGGAGAGAUGAUCAAUGGGAUCGUGGAUAGCAUACGCAGCAUGUUGGACCAGUUUCCACGACUGGGCUAUAAACUAAAGCUGCCCAAGAAGCAGCAGCGCCAGGGAUUUGCCAGCGUUUUCCGGGAGGAUCAGGAGUGCUCCGAAUUGAUGAGAAGCAUUCAAGCGGAGAUCGCCAUUCAGCGAGAGGAGCUAGCCAAGUACGAAUCGGUGUGGAACAAGAAUCGCAUCCUUUGGGAAAUGACGGAGGACGAAUUCCGGCAGCGCCUGAUGUCCAAAUCUCGGACGGCUGGUGUCUUUGAAGGUGGCAUCGAACACUACAGUGCCCUGGCGGAUGACGUCAUCUUCGAGGAUGCCAUCACUAACGUGUACUUCAUUCUGAUCAAUCAGAAUGCAUUGAAGACCACCAUCCUGGAUUGGAUCGAAAAGUGGCAGGCUCUCAAUAUUAAAAUGCUGCUGGAUCAUGGCAGCAAUUUGAUGAGAGCCGUCUACCGAUAUAUGCGUCACAAUGAGCGAAAUGUGAUGAAGGUGCCGCGAACCAUUCGAGAAACGGUGGCUGCCAAACAGCUCUUUGAAAAACUGCUGAAGGAUGUGCCCGUGAAGCAAUCCGCAUUUACUCCGAUGCUGGAACUCUUUGUGCUCCUGCACAAGUACCGGGUGCAGCUCAGCGAGAAAACAUUUGAGCAGGUGAUGGGUUUGGAGACCGCUUGGCUGCACUACCUCCAAGUGCUGGUGGAAGCGGAUGAGAUGCUGGACAAUGAGGAGAGUGAGGCCAAGUUGCUGCUGGCCAAACACGGUGAAAAGUUCAAGUUGAUAUUGAAGGAGUUUCUGGAGGAUUUCUACUCCAAACUACCCAAGAAAUAA